AUGCUCGUUGUUAAAAUAUCCGAUUUCCCCCUUCUGUACAACCGUACAGUGAACACCACUGUAGCAUUUCGUAUAUUCUGGUGCUGGAUGAUCGUCCUAUCGAUAUUGUUCAUCGUUGUCCUACCAACACUGGUCAUCAGAUCCCCUGUAAAACUAAUGCACGAUAUUAACCACUAUAUGCUUUUCUUUAUGCGUAUGUUUGCCUAUCUGGCUCAGGCUAGCAUUUGCGCUUCCUUUGGCCUCUUUGCAAUGUUGGUGCGAAGUUUGAUUCGCGCGUUACAAGCAUUUCUUCGCGAGGGUACCGUGAGUGCGAACCAAAUGCGGUCCAUCAUUCAACUCUAUCGUCACGUGUGUCAGAUGAUCGACUGCUUUUGUGCGGUGUACGGUUGGACAUUGCUGCUAAUUUUUUUCGAACAUUUCAUCAUCAUAACCGAUCGGUCUUUUUUUGCCAUCCGCAUGUACCGUUUGUCCGCUGAUCUAACCAUUACGCACGUUUUAAGAAUGAUAAGCACCUGGAUAAUGCCACUGUUCAUCAAUGAUUUCCUACUAACUGGUUCAUGUACCGCAGCAGAAACAGCAUUGCAUGAGUUUGAAAAGGAUUUGUGCAACUACGGAAAACUGUAUGAGGAUAAUGAAGAGCUUGCUUUCAUGGUAACAAGCUUCACGUUUUAUGUUGCAGAGCCAAAAGCAAAAUUUCGGAUUCUGAAUGCCUUUAACCUGAACCUCGCUGUUCUGUACGCGACCUUCGGAGCUAUAGCCACCUACCUAACCGUGUUUCUUCAGUUUGAUCCAGUGCAAUAA